AUGUCACAGUAUCAGGAAAAAGACUCAAAAAAUGGGGUUGUCGUCGCCGAGAGCAAGGGUACUGACCUGCCGGGCUCUGGUAGAUCGCCGAGUGCAGAAAUAAACGGGCAGCCGUACGCAGAGCCAAAGAAGACGUGGAAGUCAUUUUUCUGGUCCACGCUCGACGUACCAAGCGAUGAAGCCCGAUUCCUCACCAAGCUAGACCUGACACUGAUCUCCGCUUCCGCACUGGGUGUGAUGUGUCGUUACCUCGACCAAGUCAACAUUACCAAUGCAUUCAACAGCGGCAUGAAGGAGGAUCUCUCCUUGUACGGCAAAGAGCUCAACUACGCCACCGCGAUAUGGAGCGCGGCAUAUGUCUUUGGACAGAUCCCAUCGAACCUGCUCCUCACACGAGUCAACGCCCCUCUGUACAUCGCAUUCCUGGAGUUUGCCUGGACGGUCUUCACAUUCGCCCAUGCCGGUGUCAAGAGUGUGAACCAGCUCUACGUCUUUCGCUUCUUCGUAGGCCUCUUCGAAGCCGGCCACUUCCCGGCCGUCAUGUACGUGUGCUCGAGCUACCACAAGCCCCACGAGCUGGCGCGCCGCAACAGCCUGAUCCAGAUCUUCACCUCUGUCGGCCCCUUCUUCUCGGGCUUCCUCAUGGCGGCAGUGCACGCCGGCCUGGAUGGCUCCAACGGACUUGCCGGAUGGCGGUGGAUGUACAUUGUCUGCGGCUUUGUCUCGCUUCCCUGCGCUAUAUGGACGGCUUUCGCGAUGCCACAGUUGCCUUCUAGGGCCAAGGCGAAUUGGAUAUUUAGCGAGGAUGAGAUUCAACUUGCGCGCUCGAGGAUGCCAACUGAGCGCAAGUUCCUGACUGGGCUGUUCAAGUGGCAGGAUAUCAAAAGAUGGCACACAACGUGGCCUGUCUAUCUAUUCCCCAUUUUCUUUGCCUUCUCAGCCCAGACAGGCCAGUCCGGAGGAUCUAUGAUCUUCUGGGUCAAGAGCUACAACGUCCCGGGGAAGCCAGCUGUGUUUUCAGUAGCCGAGAUCAACAUCAUCCCUCUUGGUAUCAACCUCAUAACCAUAGUCUGCACCCUGAUCAACUCAUGGGUCUCAGACAGCCUCCCGGGCGCGGCCAGGUGGCCGGGGAUGGUCUUCGCCAGCGCCAUGGCCAUCAUCUUCCCCGCCGCCCUGGCCGCCACCCCCGUGCACCCGGCCAAUAUCGCAACCCGCUGGGCCCUCUACUACCUGACCGCGCUGUCCGGAACAUGCGCGGGCAUAACCUGGACGUGGGUGAACGAGACGACCCGGGAUGACCCGGAGAAGCGGGCGUACACAUCUGCACUGAUGAACGCGUUCGCCUACGUCUUCACCGCCUGGGUCCCCAUCUUCACCUUCCCGGCCAACCUGCAGCCGUACAUCGUCACGGGCAACUACGUCACGGCCGGGUUCGGCGCCGCGGCGGCGGCGACCGCGCUCGUUAUGCGGCAUUUCCACAAUCGGGAUCUAAAGAUGCAGUCGCGGGGUGGCUCCAAGGGUGUCUAG